GGAGGCGUGCCCAAGAUGGCGGCCUCCAUGUGCGACGUGUUCUCCUUCUGCGUGGGCGUGGCGGGCGGUGCCCGGGGCUCCGUGGAAGUCCGUUUUGUGAGCAGCGCCAAGGGAAAGGGACUGUUUGCCACCCAGCUGAUUCGGAAGGGAGAGACCAUCUUCAUCGAAAGACCUCUAGUAGCUUCACAGUUUCUCUGGAAUGCACUUUAUCGGUACCGGGCCUGUGACCACUGUCUUCGGGCACUGGAAAAGGCAGAGGAGAAUGCCCAGAGGCUGACUGGGAAACCAGGCCAGGUUCUACCACACCCAGAGCUAUGCAGUGUGCGCAAGGACCUCCACCAGAACUGCCCCCGCUGCCAGGUGACGUACUGCAGUGCAGAAUGUCGGCUGGCAGCUGCAGAGCAGUACCACCAGAUCCUGUGCCCAGGCCCAUCCCAGGAUGACCCCCGGCACCCCCUCAAUAAGCUGCAGGAGGCAUGGAGGAGUGUUCACUAUCCUCCUGAGACUGCGAGUAUAAUGUUGAUGGCCCGGAUGGUAGCCACAGUGAAGCAGGCCAAGGACAAGGACCACUGGGUCAGGCUCUUCUCCCAUUUCUGCAGCAAGACAGCCAAUGAGGAGGAGGAAAUUGUCCACAAACUCCUGGGGGACAAAUUCAAGGGCCAGCUGGAACUUCUGCGUAGGCUCUUCAUAGAGGCCCUUUAUGAGGAGACCCUCAGUCAGUGGUUCACACCAGAUGGAUUCCGGUCUCUCUUUGCCCUUGUUGGGACCAACGGUCAAGGGAUUGGAACCAGUUCCCUCAGUCAGUGGGUACAUGCCUGUGAUGCACUGGAGCUGAAGCCUCAGGAACGGGAACAGCUAGACACCUUCAUUGACCAGUUGUACAAGGACAUCGAGGCAGCAACCGGAGAGUUCCUUAACUGUGAGGGAUCCGGCCUCUUCGUGCUUCAAAGCUGCUGCAACCACAGCUGUGUCCCCAAUGCGGAGACCUCCUUCCCAGAAAACAACUUCCUUUUACACGUCACUGCCCUGGAGGAUAUUGAGCCAGGCGAGGAAAUCUGUAUCAGCUACUUAGACUGCUGUCAGCGGGAGCGCAGCCGCCAUAGCCGCCACAAGAUCCUCAGGGAGAACUACUUGUUUGUCUGUUCCUGUCCCAAAUGCCUGGCAGAGGCUGAUGACCCUAACGUGACCUCAGAAGAGGAGGAAGAGGAAGAUGAGGAGGAAGGAGAGCCAGAAGAUGCAGAACUAGGGGAUGAGAUGACUGAUGUCUGACGUCACCUUGCCUGGAAGGGGCCCUGCCCAGACCCUGCUGGAAAGGGGGCCUGUCCUCCACAAAUGUGGAUGGAAGGACCAUCCCCUCCCCCUUGCACCCACUGCCUGCUUUCUCCCUUCUAGCAUUCUGCUGGAGGGUAGGAUAAAGGCUGGACCUGAGCCCCCUCACCAGACCUCAUGCCCUGAGCACUGCUGCUGAGCUGCAUUGGCCCUGUGCCAUCACCAAGCCUUCCAGAACUGGCCUCCCCUGCCAUGCUCCAGUGUAGCUGUGAGACUGAAUCAAGUCUCAGGCCUCAUAGUGUUCUUCCUCUGGGCCCCUCAGCCCAUACUCAACUCAUGCAUCCACCAGAGGCUUGGCGCCUCUUGACAGGCUAUUAAUUUGAGGGUGGCAACAAAAUGGCCAAUCUUGAGAGCAGAUUGGUUUCCUUGCCAGAAAGAGGUGAUAUGAAGCCUUACCUCUCUCUUCCUUACUGCUCACUUACCACAGCUGCUGCUGAAGUAAUGGCCCGCCACUUGCCAGCAACAGGCAGGAACAAGGGAGUAGGCCUUAGAACAACACUGCAAAAGACUCUGCCAGGGGCGCUGGGCUGUUCCCACUGGACAGUGGGGAGGUGGAGAUUAACCUGUUGGCCAAACUCCAGAAUUGCUAUGCCUGUGUUCUGCCUCUGAGGCUCAGGCAAGGGGCUAGCUCCAUAAUGUGUGGACGAUGCCU